CAGCAGCCGCGCGGCCGGGCGGCCCCGCGCCGCCGAAUUACUGCCAUGGCAACUCAAGUGCUGGGACAGUCUGGUGGGAACAGCCUCUUUCCUGGCAGUACUGGUAUUGGCAUGGCAUUGUCCAGUGACAUGUAUGACUUACAGGACCUUUCUAAAGCUGAGCUGGCAGCUCCUCAGCUUAUUAUGUUGGCAAAUGUGGCCUUAACAGGAGAAGUUAAUGGCAACUGCUGUGAUUACCUGGUUGGAGAAGAGAGACAGAUGGCAGAACUGACAACGGUGGAGGACAGUAACUUCUCAGAUAGUGACGCAGAUGGUAUGGAAGAUACCCAGGCUGCGGAGAGUGACCGUGAGGCACCUGAAAGUGUGGAAUUAAGCUCCCUUGAGGUUCCUAGUGUGGAAAGCCAAGGUCCAGCUGCUUCUUCCCCUGCUAAGACGCCCAGUGUGGACAAAGAUGUGUCACUGGAAGCACCAUGUACUCCAGAAAGCACAGAGGACAAGUGUAAGAGCUUGAAGAGCAAGCCAUUCCGUUGUAAGCCUUGCCAGUAUGAGGCGGAAUCCGAAGAGGAGUUUGUGCAUCAUAUCAGGGUUCACAGCGCUAAGAAAUUCUUUGUGGAAGAAAAUGCAGAAAAGCAAGCAGAGGUGAAAGAGUCUGAUUCUUGCACUGCAGAAGAGGUGGAUUUCUCUAAGGGCCCAAUCCGUUGUGAUCGCUGUGGCUAUAACACUAACAGAUAUGAUCACUAUCUGGCUCACUUGAAGCACCACAACAAAGCAGGGGAAAAUGAGAGAGUCUACAAGUGUACCAUAUGCACUUACACUACUGUCAGUGAAUAUCACUGGAAGAAACACCUUAGAAAUCAUUUUCCCAGGAAAGUGUAUACCUGCUCAGAGUGCUCCUAUUUUUCAGAUAGGAAGAACAAUUAUAUUCAGCAUAUUCGGACUCACACAGGAGAGCGACCCUAUCAGUGUGCUAUGUGUCCCUACUCCAGCUCUCAGAAGACCCAUUUAACCAGGCACAUGCGCACCCACUCAGGUGAGAAGCCAUUCAAAUGUGAUCAGUGCAGCUAUGUGGCCUCAAACCAGCAUGAAGUAACUCGUCAUGCAAGGCAAGUUCACAAUGGGCCAAAGCCUCUGAUUUGCCCGCACUGUAACUACAAAACGGCUGACCGCAGCAAUUUCAAAAAGCACGUUGAACUCCACGUCAAUCCGCGCCAGUUCCUCUGUCCUGUUUGUGAUUAUGCAGCGUCUAAAAAAUGUAACCUGCAGUACCACAUCAAAUCCAGGCAUCCCGAUUGUGCUGACAUCACCAUGGAUGUUUCAAAGGUGAAGCUACGGACUAAAAAGAGUGAAGCUGACUUUUCUGAGAGCGUUAAUGACAAAGUGGAGAAGGAACCAACAAAAGGGGAUGCAGCUGCAAAGAAAACUGAGAAAAUUGUGAAGGUGGAGAAAAAAGAUAAUUUGGCAAAGGAAAAGAAAUCAACAAGCAAUGUUUCUGCAGGCCAGGUGACAACCAGAAGUCGGAAAUCAGCUUCAGAAAACAGGGAGAUGGAUAUUAAAACUGAGAAGAGUACUGAGAAAACAUGCAAAACAAAGAAGGUCAAAAGAAAGGCAGAGACUGAAGCAACUUCCUCAAAGCAAGAGCCAGCAAAUGAUACCUCACUAGUAACAAAAAAGAAAAAGAAAGUGGAAGCUAAACCCAGAGACUACCAGGAAGCUCAAAAAAGUGAUGUUGUACCAGAGGAGGAGCCUAAAAAGCAAACUUUUUGCCUCAAGAAAAAUAGAAAAAAGAAAGCUCUGAAAAUUAAGCACAGUAAAAAAAGCAGUAAACUCAACCAGGAAAAGAUCGAGGAAAAGGAGAUGCUGGAUGAGCAUCAUAUCACAGAAGAUGAUGGAUGCGUGAAGCCGGACACUGAGGGCAGUAACCAGAAGGAGCAAGAUCCCUCUGAGACAGUGGCAUUAAACAACAAUGGUGAUCAUGCUCUCAGGGGGGAGAGCACUGAUCCCAAAGGAGACUGCAUCCAAGAUCCAGAGCAGCUUUGUCUGCCAGUUCAGGAUGCAAACACAGAAGCUGAGGUAGAGGACCAAGAAAUGCCUGCUGCAGCAGGAGAGAGCGAAGACACUAUUGAUGCAAAAGAGGAGGAGAGACAGGCCAACAAAGGGGAAGACACUUGCUCUGAGGAAUCUUCCCAUGCAGCGUCUUCUGAAAAAAGCUUGGACGUACUCAUGGAUGUGGUACCAGAUCUGGCACCUGAGAAGGAGCCAGAGGAAACCUUUGUGGCAGAACCUGUGAGCAACUCAGACCUGACGGACCUGACCAAGACGUGCCUGCCAGCAACAGAGCCAACAGGAGAUGCUGUGCCAGCACCCAUGCCUCCAGAAAGGUGUACACAGAGCCCUAAAGUAGCUCUGGCCUUAUCUCGGGAUAACACAGCAGUGAAUGAAUCUCAGGAAAUGGAUGAGGAUGAGGGCAUCCACAGCCAUGAAGGCAGCGACAUAAGUGACAACAUAUCAGAAGGAAGCGAUGACUCGGGGUUAAAUGGUGCUCGCUCUGUACAAGAGGAAACAAGUCCAAAGACAUCACAAGGAGUUCCAGACACCACAGAGGCCAGGGAGAACUAUGUGUGCAUUUUCUGUGACCGCUCAUUUAAAAAAGAAGGUGAAUACAGCAAGCACCUCAACCGGCACCUAGUUAAUGUGUAUUAUCUUGAGAAGGCAGCAAAAGGGCAGGAAUAG